GGCACCGCUACGAACAGAACAGGAAGCCAGCAUGUCCCUUCAGUCUGUGAAAGCUAAACUAAAGUGUGAAUCUCCAGAACCUGAAGCCCAACAGGAACAAGGUAGAAACUUGGCAGGGAAUAUCUUGCUUGAAACACUGAUACAGCUUUGACACAGCUAUGACGGCAGCAACUUGGACUGUCCAGGCCCAUGCGGACAAAGAUGAAGUUUGGGAAAUUAAGAUAGAAAAGGAGAAAUACAAGUAUACCACCAGAAAAGAUCAGAGCCUGCGAAAGAACAACUCCUAUAGCAGGGAGGUCUUCCGACAGUACUUUAGGCAGUUCUGCUACCAGGAAACAUCUGGACCCCGUGAGGCUUUGAGCCAACUCCGAAAACUUUGCCAUCAGUGGCUGAGGCCGGAGACCCACACCAAAGAGCAGAUCCUGGAGUUGCUGGUGUUGGAGCAGUUCCUGACCAUCCUGCCCGAGGAAGUCCAGGCCUGGGUGCAGGAGCAGAAUCCAGAGAGUGGGGAGGAGGCAGUGACUGUGCUGGAGGAUUUAGAGAGAGAGCUGGAUGAGCCAGGAGAGCAGGUCUCAGUCCAAACUGAGGAACAGGAAAUGUUCUUGCAGGAGAUGGCACCUCUACAAACAGAACAAGAACCCAGCAUGUCCCUUCAGUCCAUGAAAGCUAAACUAAAGUGUGAAUCUCCAGAACCUAAAGCCCAACAGGAAAAAGUUUCAGAUGUUGAGACUGAAAAUGAGUACAGGAAUUUAAUUCUAAAGCAAGAAGUUUCUGAAGAAAUGGAACCCUAUGGGGAUAUAUCAAGCAGAUUGGAAAGUGAGAUGGCUGCUGAGUAUGGAGAAACCCAUGAACCUAAAGAAAAAAUAGAAUAUCCUUCUGGAUACUCCGGGGAAGAUAAACAACUCACUUGUGAUGAUAAUGGAGUAAAUUUGACUGAGAACUCAGAUCUUACUGAACAACAGAGAAUCUAUCCGGGAGAAAAACCUUAUGAAUGUAACAAUUGUAGAAAAGCUUUCAGUCAGCACUCACACCUCAUAGAACAUCAAAGGAUCCAUACUGGAGACAGGCCCUACAGAUGUGAAGAAUGUGGAAAAACGUUUUGUGGGAGAACUGUGCUUAUUCGGCACAAAAUAAUACAUACUGGAGAGAAACCGUAUAAAUGUAAUGAGUGUGGCAAAGCUUUUGGCUGUUGGUCAGCUCUUAAUCAACAUCAGAGACUUCACACAGGAGAGAAACACUACCACUGUAAUGAGUGUGGCAAAGCCUUUAGCCAGAAAGCAGGCCUCUUUAACCAUCUCAAAAUCCACACAAGAGACAAACCUUAUCAGUGUACUCAUUGUAACAAAAGUUUUAGUCGGCGUUCAAUACUUACUCAGCAUGAAGGAGUUCACACUGGGGCAAAACCCUAUGAGUGUAACGAGUGUGGGAAAGCCUUUGUUUAUAACUCAUCCCUUGUUUCCCAUCAGGAGAUCCACCGUAAGGAAAAAUGCUAUCAGUGUAAGGAAUGUGGGAAAUCCUUCAGCCAGAGUGGCCUUAUUCAGCAUCAGAGAAUCUACACUGGGGAGAAGCCGUACAAAUGUGACGUAUGUAGAAAAGCUUUUAGUCAGAGGACAAGCCUUAUAGAACAUAAGCGAAUUCACACUGGAGAGAGACCCUAUAAAUGUGAUAGGUGUGGGAAGGCUUUCACUCAAAGAUCAGUCCUCACUGAACACCAGAGAAUCCACACUGGAGAGAGGCCCUACAAGUGUGAUGAGUGUGGGAAUGCCUUCCGAGGAAUCACCAGCCUCAUUCAGCAUCAGAGAAUCCACACGGGGGAGAAACCCUACCAAUGUGAUGACUGUGGCAAAGCCUUCAGACAGAGGUCAGAUCUUAGUAAACACCAGAGAAUCCAUAGUAGAGAUGGUCCGUGUAAAUGUAAAGAGUGUGGGAAAUCCUUCAGGCAGAACUCGGCUCUUAUUCAGCAUCAGACUAUCCACAAAGGAGGGAAAUCUGUUCCUGUGUGAUGACUGCAGGAAAGUUGUCUCACACAGGACAGGCUGGAGAGAAUUACUAGCUUUGUAAUGAUUUGGAGCAAAACAUCAGUCAUUUUUGCUAUAAGGAAAUCUCAGGUAUUACAUAAAGAACCACUGUGUGCUGCUCAUUUUAUUAGUUCUGUGGAGAACUAGAAGCAUAACACCAGAUUCUUUUUCUCAAGCAGUUUACAACCUAGUUUGGCAUAUAUAGGAUCCAUAUAUUUAGUUAAAUAAGAAUAUAGGACAAUACAAUUGAUGCUCAAAGUAGUGUACGAUUAAGGGGCACUUGAUAGGCAGUGAGUGCUAUAAAUUCUGAAGGACAGACCACUGUCACCCAGCGUGGUCAGGAAAGAUUGUAUUAAAGAAGGGUUUGAUGGGUAGAUUUGGAAGGUAAAAGGGAGAAAACUUUAAGGUGAAAUAUAAGCAGUGGCAAGAGUGCAUGUGGUUUGGAAGCAUCAGUGACAAGAUUAAGCUACCUAAAGUAGAGCUUUCUAAUUGGGAAAUUGAUAUUAUUAAGGUUGGAAACGUAGUGAAGACACUGUGGGAGGCCAAUAAUUCCCUUUAAUACUGUACAGCAUUUGACACUUACAAAGCACUUUGCUUAUUUAAUUCCUAAAAUACCUCUGUAACUUGAAAUUAUUCUCCAUUUUACAAAUGAAGAUACUCAUGGAGAUGGUGACAUGGCUGUAUAGCUAUCACACAAAGGAGAAGACCAGCAACUGAGAUGCAGGUCUCUAACGUCAAGUUCUGCCCAUUACACCAGUGAUUCCCCACCUUUAAUGAAUAUCUAAAUCACCUGUGGUGCUUAUUUAAAAUGCCUGAGUGCCACUCACAGAUACUGUGCUUCAGUAGGUGGGAGUGGAAGAUGUGUGUGAGAAUCUUCAUUUUCAUAACUCCAUAGUCACCUGAUGUACUCUGAAUUUGAGAAACAUUACACUGAAUCACAGCUACCUCUGUUGUUGUCUGUGAAAUAAGGAAGCCUGAGCAUAGUCCUGUAUACAAGGAGCCACUACAGAUUUUUAGCACAAAGAAAACCCUACAGUGGACAUGUGCCACCAGUCCUUUAGAGUCAAGCAGGGAAUUAGACAACCAUCAUGCCCUGAAAACUAGGGCUUCAAGAUGGCUUUUCGAUCUAUUUAGAUUUAAGUGUUUCCAAAAACAGACUGACCUACAUUCCAAGGUUCUCAAGGGUCUUCUCAGUGCAAAGCCUUGUUUGUUUAGUUGGAGGAGUGCCGGAGGUCUUACCAGUUUUACUCUUACCUUUGUUCCUCAAUUCUUUCCUUAUAGUUACCAUUGUGUUUGGAAUUUUCUAAUAAUUGCAAUUGAGUACUGCUUUAAAUUUUUUGGUUCACAUACCUUCUGGAGCAUAUCAGAUACCCCAGAGAUUAAUUAUUCUACCCCUUGGAGCUUCUGAAAAACAAGUCGACCAACAACAGGCUGACUUUUCCUGUUUUACUGAGUAAAAGUUUCUGCUUUGGAUGAUGGUUAUUUCAUUGUAUAUAAUAGGCAACCCAUAUAGAAAGAAGUACACAUGGUUUGUAUAUCUUUUAUUUACAGAAAUCACUGCUAAUCCCUUCUGAGAUGUUCUUUUAUUUUCUUCCCUUUCUAUCUUGCCAUAGCAAACUUCACAUUUCUGGGACCACCUCCUCAAUCCCACUUCCACCCAACUCCAGUCCCCUCUUCCCUCACCUCUUCUGGUCAGUGGGUUUGAACUGGUGAGACAGUGACAAAAGGGGAAGGGGAAAAAGAAAUGAAUGGUAAUAUCCAUUCUGCUGUAUUAAGUCCUACUCCCAACUACCUUUCUACCCAGCCCUGUGUGUUUAUUUCAUCUUCUCACCCCUAUAACGUACUCUACCCUAUUUUCCUAGUGCCUCUGUCUCUUACCUCUCUAUCCAUAACCCCCAUAUAGAAUAUCAGAAUAUCAUCACUGGCUUGGAACUGAAAGAGUCCUAGUCCUGUAGGAAUAGAUUAUUUCCUAACUUUACAAGUAUCAAGUAUGAACACAUUUUCCCAUGUAAAUGUUAAUGGUAUUGGAAACUGUAUGGGCAGUUCUACUCUGUCCUAUAAGGUCGCUGUGAAUUGGAAUCGACUCAGCAGCAAUAGGUUUAUGUGUCAAAUUGGCUUUUGGAGUUGGAAUUGAUAUGACUACUUCUAUGUGGAAAAACAUUGAGUUCACAGCAUGGAAAAGCUAAUGAACAUUUGAAAAAUAACUCAUUUAUAAAUUGAGGGCUGCUUAUUUAGACUUUUUCUUUAAGACCAACAUUGGAGUUGCACACAUAAGGCACUGAGGCAGCUGGGAUUGAAAGCUAAUUUUUUACCUGCAGGAAACAAGGAUCCUUGUCUUAGUUAUCUAAUGCUGCUAUAACAGAAAUACCAUAAAUGGGUGGAUUUAAUAGCAAUUUAUUUUCACACAGUUUAGGAGGCUAGAAGUCUCAAUUCAGGGUGCUGGCUGU